AUGGCGCCGAUUCCCAAUGCACAGCAAGCCUCGCAACAGGCAGCACGAGCCGCCGACCGCGCGCAGCUCACUGCCAACAACACGGCAAACAAACUCUCAAAAUGGGUGGAAGAGAACCGCACGCUCGUGAUCGCUCUGGCGACCGGUACGCUGGCUUUGGGCGGAUACUACCUAUACUCUCGAUCCUCGUCCAAGGCAAAAGCAAAGGGCACCGUCAGCGACAGCGAUGACGACGAAAAGGCAGGCUCGUCCACUGGUGCUACCGUGGGCUCUGCCAACAAGAAGAAGAAGAAGAAGGCCACCAAGAAAAAGCCGACUGGCGCUGGGGCUGCCAGUGGAUCGUCGUCGACGGAUGCUCCUUCGCAACGUACCGAUGGUUUGCCAUCCGAUGCAGCAGGCCCAUUGCUCGACGAGGCGACCGACGACCAGCUUGCUGAAUUGCCUGAAUCCGAGAUCCUCAAAUUGCCUCAGGCAAAGCGCGAGAGCCUGUCGCAGCAUCUCAAGACACUCGGCAACAAGGCCUACUCGAAUCGUCAAUUUGAAAAGGCGAUCGCUCACUACACCAAGGCUAUCGCUGCUCACCCCAUGGCCGUCUUCUACUCGAACCGUGCCGCGUGUUACGCCAACCUGAGCAAGCCUCAGCAGGUGAUCGAUGACUGCGACGAGGCGCUCAAGAUGGACCGUGUCUACGUCAAGGCGCUAAACCGUCGUGCUGUGGCCAAGGAGCAGCUCGGUAACCCCAAGGAGGGCGAAGAGGGGAUUGGUGAGCACAAGGCAGAGCUUCUGUUUGACUCGCUUGCCGACUUUACCGCCGUUGCCAUCCUGGGCCAGUUUAAGGAUCAAACAGCUACCGAGAGCGUCGAGCGCGUGCUGCGCAAACUCGCCACUGGAAAGGCUCAGGACAUCCUCAAGAGCCGCGAGCCCAAAUUGCCUUCGCCUACGUUUGUCACCGCAUACCUCGAAGCGUUCCGUGCCAAGCCCAAGCCCAGCCUACCCGAAAAGCCGAGCCAAGGCGACGAGACGCUACUCAAGGCUUACGAUGCUUUGGAGGCCAAGAGCUACCCGCACGCAUUUACCUUGUUCAGCGAGGCCAUCGAGCAGGGACUUAGCAACCAAGAUCUCGAGGCCAACGCGUACAACAUGCGCGGCACAUUCAAGUUUGUGAUUGGCAACGCCAAAGAAGCACUUGCAGAUCUGGAACGCAGCACGUCGCUUCGACCCAAGUACGUGCAGUCGUGGGUGAAGAAGGCGUCAGUGCACAUGGAGCUUUCGGACAAGGAGGCAGCAUUCAAGGACUUUGACAAGGCCAUCGAAGCCGACGCUGAAGACCCAGACAUCUACUACCACCGCGGACAGGUUAACUUUAUCCUGGGCGAGUUCGAAGCUGCCAUCAAGGAUUACGAGAAGUCGACGUCGCUGGAUGACACUUUUAUCUUUUCGCAGGUGCAAUACGCUGUUGCGCACUACAAGAACAACAACAUCGGCCACUCGACCGCGGCGUUCCGCAAACUGCUGCGCAACUUUGACACGUCUUCAGAAGCGUACAACUACUACGGUGAGCUGCUACUGGAUCAGCAGAAGUUUGAGGAAGCGAUGGACAAGUUUGACAAGGCGAUCGAAAUCGAGGCUUCGAAAUCGGGCUCGACCAACGUUUUGCCUAUGAUCAACAAGGCUCUGGCGCUCUUCCAGUGGAAACAGGACAUCGGAGCAGCCGAAGAAUUGUGUCGCAAGGCGCUCGAAAAGGACGCGGAUUGCGAUGUCGCCGUGGCUACUCUGGCGCAGUUGAGUUUGCAGCAGGGCAAGAUUCAGGAUGCCAUCCAGUACUUUGAGAGGUCCGCCAAGAUCGCCAGGACCGAACCCGAGUUGAUCAACGCCUUGACCUACGAAAACGCAAGCAGGGCACAGUUGAAGUUUAUCCAGGAGUAUCCGGAACAGGGUGCAGCUCUCGGUCAGAUGGCCGGCAUGCUCUGA